CUACAAACAGACGAGCUAGUUUCACGGUGGUUUUAAAAGCUCCAGCAAUAAAAACCCCGGAUGAGAACAUGCACAGUGACAAGAAACUGACCAAAGAAGACACAUGGAGACCAGAGGACCUGAGAAGAUAUGUCAGGGAGGAGAAGGGACAAGGCGAUGGACGAGUCAGGAGGCGAGAGGACAGCGAGAGGAAGCAGCGUGCUGGGGAAUCCACAGAGAGACGCCACAGAGACCCAGAGAAGGAGUCCAGACGAGAGAGGGACAAACACAGGGAGAGGGAGAGGGGAGAGGGAGACAGAAAAGACACACAUGUUGAGCAAAGGAAAGAGGGCUCACGAGACAGGAGAGGGGAUAAGGAAAGGGACAGAAGAGAUGAGAGGGACAAAGAGAAGGAGAGAACGAAGGAAAGAGACAGACUGGCGGAUGGGAAAAGGCAGAGUGAGGAUUAUGGAGGGAAUAAGGACAGGAAGACGGAUAAAGAGGACAAGCAGGAUCGGGAGAGGGACCAGGAAAGGCAUAGAAACAAGGAGAAAGACAGGGUGAGGGAUGGAGAGAGACGGAACAGGGAGGACGGGGACAAAGGGAGGGAGGAGAGGGAAAAGGAAAGGAGGAGGGAGGAACGAGACAGAGAGCACAGGGCUGACAGAGAGAGGAGGAGACAAGAGGAAAGCGGAGACGCAGGAAGAGAGCGGGUAGAAAAGAACGACAGGGAAAAGAGAGAGCGACCCAAAGAUGAACGUGAGGAAAAAAGGACUGACAGAGAAAGGAGAGAAAGACAUGGAGACAGGAAGCCUUCAGAGCAGAAAGAGGAACGAGGCAAAGAGUACAAAGAAGAACCCAGGCGGCAUAAAGAGGAGAGGGAAAGAAGACACAAAGAAGGAGGACGUGAUGAUCCAAAGCGGAAGCACGAAAGUGAAUCCAGAGACGCGAAGAGGUCAGGUGAGGAGGAGAGACAUCGUCGUGGUGACAGAGAGCGAGGAGACGGGGACAAACAGAGAGAGAGGAGACACCGAGAGGAUAAAGAUCCAGAAAGAAAGCACAGAGACAGAACGCACAGAGAAGAAGAAGAGGACCCAGAGAGAAACGAAAGAGACAAGAAAUCAGUCUCUGACAAGAGUCCUAGGCUUGAGACUAAUGAGGUGAAAACAGAGGUUGUUGAUGAUGAAGAUUUGGUUGACCAGGAAUAUGAAGAGGAUUUUGAGGAUUAUGAGGAGGAUUUUGAGGAGAUGGAUCCGAGUGAAAAUGAAGGCGAGGAUGAGAAGGAGUCAGAGGAGCCUCCAACAGUGGGUGAAGAAAGAGAGGAAGUUACAGCACAGAAGAGAAAAGAGAUUGAAGCGAUUCAGAGAGCAAUGAAUGAAGAGAACGAGAGGGUUGGAACAGAUCAUUCCACACAGAGUACGAGUAGAGAGGAGGAAGACGGACCUAAAUUGUCUAGAGGACUUGAAAAGAACCAGAGUCGAGCUUCUCAACGCGGGAAGUUUAUCGACUUUGUGGCAGCAAAACAGCGAGAAGUCAGCAAGAAGGUUGCCACAAAACAGAAGAAACGCAGCACAGAGCUGCUCAAAUUAAUCGAUCUGGAUUUCUCAAUGACAGUUUCCCUUUUGGAUCUCCCUCCUGUAAAUGAAUACGACAUGUACAUUAGAACCUUUGGAACCGCAAAUACCAAACAGGCUUAUGUUCAGUGUAACGAGGAUAACGCAGAUCGAGACAUUCAGACAGAGGAGAUAGAAGUGAGUGAGAGGUGGACACAGCAUCCUCCAGAGCACAGUGGAGCCUGUGGAGAUUCAAACUUCUCUCAGGAAGCUCAAGGGAGAAACAUGUACGAAAUUAACUUUGAUUCUCAGCGUCUGUCAGCGUUUCUGCGCUCAGCCUCGCAGGUCCUGGUCGUCCUGUUGGAAGAGAAUCAAGCUGAGAGAAAAUCCCUGAGCAAGUUGAGGACUCAAAAAGACACACUGUCGUUCAGCGAUGGAAGUUUACAGCUCAACACCAAGUUGCCUUUUCUUUACGGUCGCCACAUCAGCCUGGUGCACUUCUCUCAGGUCCAGAGGCACACCAUGAUGUCCGUCCACGCACCGACAACCGAACCCAGUGCUGUGCGCCUCGACAGCUGCACCCUCAUCUGCAUCUGGAACAUCUGGGAACCGUCCAGGCCUCAGAAGAUCCUUGUCUACGAAUCUGAGGUGCAGUGUUGCUGUUUCAGCCCUGGAAAGGCCACAUUGGUGUUUGCAGGCACAUCAGUUGGCUCUGUGGUGCUGUGGGACCUGAGGGAGCAGACCAGUAACCACUACUGCCUGAAGAUAGGGGAGGAGGAGUGGACCUUCAGACAGCCUACCUUCUCCACUAGCGCAGUGAUGGCCGCCUCGGCCCAUUUAUCGUCUGUGUCGUCCGUAGAAGUUGUUCCUUCCACCGCAGCAGGGGGCCUGAGGCCGGAGGUCCCCCUGCUGGCAUCUGAGGAAGAGUCUUCAGGACUGUCUUUCCAGUUGGCGUCUCUGGAUGAAAGCGGGGUUUUGAAUUUCUGGGUGGUGGUGGAGCUCCCAAAACCCAACGAGGCCGGCUCUCCAACAGAUCUAGGGCUCAGGCCUGGGGGCAAAGUGAAGUUGCUUCACAGCUCCUCCCUGCUCACUGCUGAGAGGGUUUCACCGAGAAACGCAGUGAAAACUGGCCCGUUGCAGACUCUUCAUCUAAAGUUUCUCCCAUCUGACUCCAAUCAUUUCUUUAUUGGCACCAAUAUGGGUCUGGUCAAUCACGGAACGAGUCACAGUGUGAAGGCUACUCCAAAGUUCUACAGGUUUCAGGAGGCUGGAGUCCGACCGGUUGAUGUCAACUCAAUCCACUUUUCUCCCUUCAGGCAAAACAUGUUCUUGGUGGGUUGUGGGGACGGCAGCAUCCGGCUGCACACAGUCAGCCAGGAGCAGCCUGUGGCCGAGUGGAGGAGCAGUACCGGGGGGGAACCGGUGGUCUCGCUGCAGUGGGCCCACACCAGGCCGGCGGUCUUCUGUGUCCUCGAUGCAGCUUCUCACCUCCAUGUGUGGGACCUGCUGAAAAGCGACACAGAGCCUGUGCUCACAGAGAGGAUUUCUGCCGACAGGGUGACAGCCAUGGCCGUGUUCGGAGACUCAGGAAAACAAAACACAUAUUCAGGAAUAGCCCUGGUGCACGAAUCAGGGAAAAUCGAAAUGCAGUAUUUCACAAGAGAUUUCACUGUGACUGUCCCUGCAGAGGAAGAGAAGCUGGAGACGAUGAUGACCGAAGCCUUCUGAAGCAGCUGAAGUGGCUGAAUUUAGAUGAUAACUACUUUUUCAAGAUCCUGAAGAGCAUAAAGAUCAAGUUAUGAGUCUAUUUUUGUCACUGUCACUUUUCAUAGCACAUGUCACGAUUCAAUAUGUGUGUUUGUAUUUUCCUAGAAACCAAUGUCACAAGGCUUCAAAUUUGUACAUAAACAGCAAUGAGAGGAAUGUGGCUAAAUACCAAAGAUCCUCUUCAAUUAAUAUCCUCCAUAAAAACCCUGAUAGUAAAUAUAUAAUGUAGAUGUUUGUUGAUGUAUAUAUUUAUAUUUUCUAACUUAAAUU